AAUAAAUAAAUUGUGUUGUUGUAGCCAAAAUUUGACGUAUUUAAAUUGAAUUAAGUUAAAUACAAAUUAAUUGAUCAUAAAUUGAUAGCAAACCAAUUUGGAAAUAUUGCUCAGCAAAAUGUCGAGAAUGUCCAGCGAGAACAUUGUGAGAAGGACCGCAAUACUUGGAGCACUGCAGCCGGAUUUGAAGCCAUGGCAACGCAUCGAUUGGUCGCUCUAUAUACAGUCAAGGAUCUUUCGGGAUUGGGGACAGUAUUACACCCAUCGUCUGGUCAACAAGAAGGCAUUGCAGUCCUUUGCCAACGCAUUGCAGGCAUGCAGGGGAUUAGCGGAUGAGGCCAGCAGCCUAAGCUUUUCACGUUUCGGUGCAUCGCAUGUGCCGUCUAAUAACUGGGUCCAUGAGGCAUACACAACGUUCGAUAAUCGCAGCAAGUGUUUCAGGGACAUUGCACAGGGUGAGGCUGCCUACAAGGACUCACAGCAGGCCCAGAAGUUAGUGGAGCGCGAGGGUUUCUACAAUUCCAGCAUCAUACUCGCCAAAUGCGAUGCCCUUUUCGAUUGCAAUCAGUUUGAGGACAAUCUCCAUCUGCUUCACACGGAGGCGCGCAAAUUCCAGGGACAAUCCAUUCAGCAUCGCUUUAAUCAGCACAAAAAUCGUACCCUCGCCGUGCUGGAGGAGAGUCUUGGCAGUAGCCUAAAUCCCUUUCUGCUGGAGAAUUGGCCAUUCAUAACGGAUUCAGCACGACAACGUCGCAAAUCUGUCGCCUUCAUGCCACGUCCGCUGUGGCAAAAGCUGCAGGAGCAUGAGGAGUGCGAUGUCGAGAGUCUUGUCUACAAGAAGAAGGAAUCGCUACCUCCGAUGGAACGGGCUCGUCGCAGGGUCGCCGAGAGUGUCUACAAUCAUCAUUAUAUGGGCAAAAGUGCCACCGAUGUGGUCAUGUUGCGUCAACUGCGAGAUGACAAGAACUUUCUGCCUCCUUACUAUCCGGAAUCGACAUUCAAUAUGUCCGAGUAUAGCGCCGAGCAGUACACGAUUGUCAGAAAGUUUAUGAAAAUGAUGCACGCUCGCAGCCCACUGUAUCCGAUCUCGGAGCAGCAAAAUCGAGAGAAAUAUCUAUUUGGUGUUGAGUAUCAAACCCGUCGGGAUUGCUUUCGCAUAUUAAGUAAGGUGCGAAGACUUCGUCGGGAUGGCGAUAUCGAUCAACUUACCGAUUACGUGGAGAAUGCUAUGUCCACGGAAAUUGAACACAAAACGCAACGGACGCUGCCUUGGAAAUAUGAGUUUAUUAGCGAAAUCUACAAUAUUUUGGCCUUAGCCCAUAUCGAUAAGCGAGGCGUGCCGAUGAAUAUCGAUUUUCUGGAUCUGAACAAUUUUGGCAUACUCUAUUUGUUACCAGAGGAUCGGCUGAGAGAGUUAUCCAAUGAAUUUGGUGGUCCCAAUAUAUACGCUGAGAUUGACAAGGAUGAUGAACGUAUCGCUCGUAUCAAUGUAAAGGUCGGAAAACUUGAGGAACGUCUUCUGCACUCACGUUAUGGGAUUGAAAGGGCCUAUUUGUUGUUCGAGAUCGCUCGUACUCACUUUAACUUGGCACGAUUUGGUAAAUGCACGACAAUGGCACGCAAAGCGGUAAAGGAGGCACGCAACUGCAGGAGCAACAUUUGGCGCUUCAAUAGCACAUUUCUGAUCUGUCAGGUGCAUGCAGCCUUCAAUCGCUUUGAACGCUUGAAGGAGUCACUCAUCCGAGCGAAACGUUUAGCACAGAGACUAAACAAUCCGAAGCUGGUGGCCUAUUUGUCGCUCUGUCAAGCGGUUAACGAUUAUGAAUUGGAUUAUCAUCGCAAGCGGCAACCGGAAUUCAAUUGGCGGCGUCAACGUAAACGCAAGGAAAGCAUUUCCCAGAGCUUAUUGCAGUCGGAUACUGUUUAAAAUGCAGUUGCAGCAGCAACAGUUGCAGUUGC